AUGGUCCUCAGGUCUCCACCCACAGGAGAAUCUCUUGUACAAUAUGCUCUGCCCCUCCCAUCCAGUAGGGCAAUGGACUCAGAAGAAGAUGAAAAAGAAGAAGAAGAAGAAAUAAUAGAAGACGAUGACAUAUUGGUCAGGAAGAUUGCUAGACACCUGGAUAAGGCUGGGACUGAUAUGAAUUCGUUCUUGAUAUGUUGUUCACAAUUUGCAGCUCAGCUAGAAGAAACGAUUAAGGAAGAACGUAAUUUCUUAGCGUAUUAA